AUGGCCAUUUUCAGAAGAUCCUCACGCCAGGAAGACCAACCUAUUGUGGCUGGUGGUAAGACCAUGGUUCAUUCCAAGAAACUGUCGAACCAGGACAUUCACGACCCCAUUUUGACAGCGAUUCACUCUGAACAGCCUUUUGAAGUUUCUACCAACGACCCCAACACGGUGCGUAUGUCACCAGAAGGAGCAUUCAGAGAUAUUUUUGGAAACACUAUCCACGACCCAGAUAGAUCCAACCCUUCUAGACCGCGUAAUGAAAGACCCUUAGACACGAUUCGUUCUUUCGAAUAUGCUUGUACUGGAGAUGAAAGACUUCGUGACGAAAUGGAAACUGCUCGCCUUGGCUGGUCCACCCGCAGAGAUUUCUCUACCAUGCCCAGAUUCGACACAAAUCCCUAUGCCGCUCCCUCAAGUUCUGGUAACGUCAUCAACUUCGGCGACGGAAGCUCGAAGCCCGAGACUAGUAUCUACACACGUCCACUUGCAGCCGAUACAACUGAAAAGAAGAAGAAAAAGAGAGGUCUUUUUGGUCGUAAGAAGUAG